AAAAAGUCGAUAUCCAAUAAAAUGUUACCUAAUGUAACCCCAGGCAAAGUGAAUGCCAUGACUGGACAAUGGAGACUUAUUUGUUGAACCGUUACACCUAAUUACCAUGUGCCAGAUACUGUUCUAAGCACUCUAUGGAUGUUAGCUCAUUUAAUCUUAAAACCAUGCCAUAGAAUAUGGUAAAAAAUAAAAAUGAAAAAACUAAAAUUGCUACUUUUCUCCCCACCUCUUCAUCCUACCCCAUCAUAUAUUGUCAGUAAAUGGACAGCAGGAGUCCAAUGAAAAUAUAUUUAACUUGGACUCAAAAGAUUUGAGUUAGUUUCUGGCUCUAUUUAGGGUUCUGUGUGACCUUGAACAAGUUAUUGAAACCAGAACUUCCCAAACCUGACUGAUCAUUGGAAUUCGAGGGAGAGUGUUAUUACAGUUACAGAUGCCUUGGACUUCACCCAGUAUUUUCUAAUCCUAAAUCUAAAUAUUUUCUGUUUAGAGUGGGACUUGAGAAUCUGAAUUGCCUUUGAAACUACACAGGUGAUUGUGAUAAGCAGUCACAUUUGGGAACCACUGAUAGAGUAGUCUUAUCCUCUAAUCCCUUGACAGAAAAGUAUAGAAAUAUGUGGUCCACAAGGGUCGUUGGCAUGAAGGGGAGAAUUAUGAAGACCCAAACUCUCAUAACCCCACUCUUUACACAUUCUCAUUAAAGCUGUGUUUAGAUAUUCUAGAUGACCCUUUUGUUGUGGGUCAUCCGGACUAUCUAAGCCCAACAAACAUAUCCAGAGGCAUAUCAUACAGGUGACUGUCAUCUGCAUCACCUACUUAAGCCUACCUCUCCAAGGCAUGACGUCAUUAAAAAUGAAGUGGGAAAUUGAGGCAAUGGUUCCACCAAUUUAAAGUACAAACCCAAAUAAACUAUCUUCACAUGAAUGUGCUGAAAAUGUGUACGACCUCCUAAAAAAGUUUCGGAGGUGAUUGUAUCAGCUUUUUUCCCGCUAAUUCAACUAAACAUCACAAUAUACAUUUUACUCAUCCCCACAAUAUUUUCUGAGUACUUAUUUUGGGCACCAUGAAGGAUACAAAAAUGAAUAAAACAAAGUACCUGUCUUCAAGCUGGUAAAGAUACAGCCAUAAACAUAAGAAUUGUAGUUUUCAGUUUUAAAAACGUUAAGUUUGGCUGAAUUUUGGAGAUGCUGCAGGCAAUCAAUGAUAAGCCAGAAAUGUCCAUAUUAUAAAUACAUUCUGGACUGUCAUAUCAAGCUGGUGACCCUGGUAUAAAGUACUAAAAGAAACAAUAUAUUUGAGAAUCUCAAAAUGUGUGUUUGGGUAUGUUACUUGACAGCUGUAGUGAAUUUUUAAGUCUUUAAAAACUAGUCUCAGAGCGCUAGUCUUUCAGCACUCUGAGCCUAUUUCUUUCAACAAUUUGUAUCUCACAAAAUUGUGAAAACAAAAUGAAAUAGUACAAAUGUCAAGAUGUCACGGAAUUUUUUUUUUCUUUUUUGAGACAGGGUUUCAUUUUGUUGCCCAGGCUGCAGUACAGUGUAAUGAUCACAGGCACUGUAGCCUCGACCUCCUGGGUUCAAGGGAUCCACCUCAGCCUACUGAGUAACUGGGACCACAGGUGAAUGCCACUAUGCCUGCCUAGUGUUGUUUUAAUUUUUUUUUUAAUAGAGAUGAGGGCUCCCUAUGCUGUCCAAGCUAGUCUUUAACUCCUGUAUUCAAGCGAUCCACAUGCCUCGGCCUCCCAAAGUGCUGGGAUUACAGGUGUGAGCCACCACACCCAGUCAUGGUGUCAUGAAUCUUAUAGAUAAUGCUCAUAACUCUAAUAAAUAAUAAAACAUGACUUUGAGUUGAUUUUUCACCAGUGGUGACAAAUGGCUAUUAACCAAUUACUUUCUUAUCUGGCCCUAAAACACAAAGAAGCCUUGUUUGUCAUUGCUGUUCCCAGAUGUAUAGUUAAUAUACAUUAUAUGAUAAUUUUAUAAAUUGGUAUAUAAGCAAGUGUAUAAAAAUAAAUAUGCACAUUAUGUAGUCAUGAAUACAUUUAAAUGUUUACAUUAUGCAUACACCUCUCUAAAGGAAAUACUGAAGUCACCAAUUUAAUGGAAAAAAUUCUCAUCUACUUUAGGGAUAGACAUUGGACAAAACUUCACAAGUCUAUAUAUUUCAUUACAUGUUUGUGAUUAAACAGUGAUGAGAAUGACAGAGUUUCACAGGAAUGUUCAACUUAAUUGUGUCAAACAUGUAACUGUCUAUAAAUUCUAUAGGGACUGCAUUAUUCUAUGGGGACAUGAAUAAUGUUUUUAAUACAAAAUUCCAGUUAACUGACUGGAGUAGACUAAUCAUUAAUUCUAAAACAUGCUUCUGGCAAAUCCCUAUCUACCCUGUAUUUUCCCCCAAAGCAUAUAUUAGCUAUGAGUAGCAUGAAUAUAAAAGUUGUGGUUACCAAAACUUCUUUUUACUUCCCUCUUUCAUUAACUAUAUUUGUUAAUACACGAGGUUUGAUCAUAAAUAGUAAAGUCAAUUCACAAGUUAAGAAAAAAGAUCUAAGUGUAUUUCAAAACAGGAUCCUUCAUGUUCUUUGAGUAAUCCAGGCAGCAAAGUCAGGAAUGCUCAUGAGUGCUACUGGAUAUUAGUGCUAAUUACUAAUAAUAUGUACUUACAAUUAUGCCCUUUCAUCCAAGUACCUCAAAGAGCUUUCAUAGCAUUAAUUUGUUAUUUCCUAUAAUAUCCUUGAGAGGCGGCUGAUAGAAAGUUAUUAUUAUCUCUAUUUUACAGUCAGAGAAACUAGGGCAUAGAGAGGUUAAGUAACAUUGCUAGGGUCAUACGGUGAACAACUGACAAAAAAGGGACUCAAGCUAAUUAUUCUCAUUUCCUGUUCAGUAUAUUAUCCAUUAUAUGGUUGUUCAAUACACCUAAAUGCUUUUUUAUCCUAGACAAAUUGAGAAUACUGUAUUUAAAUAAUCUAAGACGUAAGUGAACGCGUUUCUCUUUUUUCGUGUGUUCAAAAAUGCUGCUCUACAGGGAUAUAGAGUUAAAAACUAAUAAUUAGUCUUUGGUUUGCAGCUGUAGCUAUUAUUUAUAGGGCUUUUACUAUUUGUGGUUUUCUGAAGCUCUGCUCAAAAUGAAGUAUUCUAUUUCUCACUGCUUUAUGCUAGGUUAGCAUAGCUGUGAGCCACCAAAAAGCAGCUGAGACAGGCUGACUAAUGAAUUUGAGGUUGUCUUUCAUUGCGUUCCUAUUGCUCACUCUUCUUGAAGUCAUCCUCCUUCUAGCUCUCCAUUCAGCAGAUAUUUGUGCAACCCACCAUCCUCAAUCCUCAGCCUAUGGCCAGCUUAACUGUUGUCAAUGAUUAAAUUUAAAAUAUUUUUAUUGGAAUGGACCAAUUCCUACAGAAUAAAAAAUUAAAAUAUUAAAAUAUAAACAUAGAUAAUAUUUCAUUUUAUGAGUUAAUGAUGCUAUACUAUUAAUAGUUACCACUGUUACAUCCAGUUUCUGCUAAACCUGACCUUUAAGGUCCUUAGAAGACCAUUAAACAUUAGAAUAUUGGUCUAUGGAUGGACACAUAUCAUCGUAUUGGGUUUUUUAAUGCAGUAUUUCAGUAAUUUUCCCAAGUAAAGGCAGGGAGAAAGGAGAAGUGGUUUUGCAACUGUGCUCAAUGACGUAAGACUGCAGUCAGCUUGGAUAUGGUAAUGUAAACCUGUGGUGUUUCCAACUUCAGCCCAGCUCCUCCCUAGAGCUCUAGACCCAUAUAGCAACCACCAUUAGACAGCACCACUCUUACUUCACUCAUCAACUCCAAAACUGAACUCAUUUUUUUUCUGCAAAAAUGUCCCCUCCCAGAACUCAUCCUAACUCUUCCUUAUCUUAUUUAGUAAAAUACACCCUUAUCCUGCCCCUCCCUCAAAGCAAAACAAGGCAUCAUCAUUGCCUCUUCCAUUCUCCUAUCUGGCAGCUGCCCCUAGCAACCAAUUACCAGUUGAUAUGGCCUCUUGAGUAUUUUAGGAAUCCAUCUCCUUUGGAUGCUCACUACCAUUCACACAGGGUCCUUAAGUUUUCUCUUAUUGGCUUCUGCAAUGGCCCCCUUGUGGGCUCUCUGCUUAUCCUUCUCUGCCCCCCCACCUCCACCCCUCAAGUUAUCUGUUCUAUACCAACAGAAGAAUAGCUUAAAUUGUAAUCUGUCCACUCAUUGCCUCACCAAGGCAUAGACGAUUCGUGAUUUGGCUCCUGUUUUCUUCUCCAGCCUCAUCUUUUUCAGCAACCUAAGUUUGAACUUCAAGACCUGUAAUUAUUACUUAUUCUUCUCAACACAUUAUUUGUCCCCGUGCUGCAUCUCCUUUCUGUUCAGAUCCGGAUUUGCCAUCCCACCCCUAUUUUUGUAGUAGAAAAUGCCUAUUUAUCUUUAAAACUCUAACCUACAGUUAGUAAAGCUAUCCAUUCUUUACGCUGUAUCAUCUUGAUAAACCAUACUUCCAAUAGCAAUGAUUUGCUUUCAUGUAUGUCUGCCCACUAGACUGGACAUUCCUUGAAUGGCUCAUACCAGGAAUAUAGUUGGUACUCAAUUUGUGGGGAGCAAAGAGAGAUAAGCGAAUAAAUGUCAAGACAUAAGAAUCUGUAGCUGCUAACUUAAAUUUAUGGAUUUAGUGAAACUACUUCUCACAAGCUACCAAAUCACAGUGCCAUGGGGCCGCAAGAUGAUCUCAGUGCCACACCGACACCUGCAGAGUCGCAGGGGGGUCCGACACCCCUCAGAAAGAACUCGCAGACCGUCCGAGAAAGCGAAUUCUCCAGGGGGUCAGCAGUUAGAUGAGGCCCAGGGCAGCCACGAGACCCUCCAGCCAGGGUAGGCGGCUGACCCGCCUCCUGGGAUUUGGCCCGUGACAAGCCACGUCGCCAGCUCCGCUCUGAAUACCCCCGGCCACGCCACACGAGCGGCCUCAACCCUGAGACGCCCAGGGAACAUGAGCUGACCCUCUAGAAGCAAGAUGGCGGCCUCCGCUCUCCCCUCCUUCCCCCAAGAACCCCCUCCUGGUCCCCAAAAGAAAGACAAGGACACCGCGGCAACGACGCCGAGAUCCGGGAACCUCCGCGAGGCCCGCGGCCACUCCCGAGCCCCCGGGAGAUGACUUCACCUCGCGGAGCUCAGAGAGCCGGGGGUGGGGCCGUCGGAAAGACAGCGCGGACAGCCCUCAGCUUGCAGGGGGCGGAGGCCGGGCAGCCUGCGCCCUCCGAGCCAUUGUUCUGCGGCCCAGGCCCAUGAUCACCCUCCUCUCAGCCCACGGACAGGAAGUCGCUCCCCAGCUGCCCCGCCCCGCUCCCCAGCGCCCCGGAAGUGAUCUGUGGCGGCUGCUGCAGAGCCGCCAGGAGGAGGGUGGAUCUCCCCAGAGCAAAGCGUCGGAGUCCUCCUCCUCCUUCUCCUCCUCCUCCAGAGCCCAGGCUCCCCCGCCACCCGUCAGACUCCUCCUUCGACCGCUCCCGGUGCGGGGCCUUCCAGGCGACAAGGACUGAGUACCCUCCGGCCGGAGCCACGCAGCCGCGGCUUCUGGAGCCCUCGGGGCGGCGGACUGGCUCGCGGUGCAGGUCAGGGCUGCGAUAAGACCCGGUCACGGGUGACCCUGCAGGAGUGGAAUGAUCCUCUUGACCAUGACCUUUGAGGCCCAGCUCAUCUACCGGCACCUGCUGGACGUGGAGGCCAUGCUGUGGAUCAGCAUUAACAAGGACUUCAAGGUACCCAAUGCCUGUUUAUUCACCAUCAACAAAGAAGACCACACACUGGGAAACAUCAUUAAAUCACAACUCCUAAAGGACCCGCAAGUGCUAUUUGCUGGCUACAAAGUCCCCCACCCCUUGGAGCGCAAGAUCAUCAUCCGAGUGCAGACUACGCCGGACUACAGCCCCCAGGAAGCCUUUACCAACGCCAUCGCCGACCUCAUCAGUGAGCUGUCCCUGCUGGAGGAGCGCUUCCGGUUUCCUGAGGCCUCCCCAGCCACGCUUCCUGUACAGCCUGCAGAACUGACUCCUAGAAGGACCCCACCCCCCUCCCCCCACCCCUGCUCCUAGGAGGACAACGUGAUCACUGUAUUCAGCUCCAUCAAGAAUGGUCCAGGUUCUUCUAGAUGAUCUGCACAAAUGGUUCCUCUCCUCCUUCCUGGUGUCUGCCAUUAGCAUUGGAAUAAAGUUCCUGCUGAAAAUCCA